GGCGGGUCUUCCGGGUGUGUGUUUCCGGCGUCGGCGGCCGCGGCCGGGGACGGUGUGAGAGCGGUAAGAUGGCGGCCGCAGCGGUGGUGGAGUUCCAGAGAGCCCAGUCUCUACUCAGCACCGAUCGGGAGGCCUCCAUCGACAUCCUCCACUCCAUCGUGAAGCGUGACAUUCAGGAAAAUGAUGAGGAGGCAGUCCAGGUCAAAGAGCAGAGCAUUCUUGAACUGGGGUCUCUCCUGGCGAAGACUGGACAAGCUGCUGAGCUUGGAGGACUCCUGAAGUAUGUACGACCUUUCUUGAAUUCCAUCAGUAAAGCUAAAGCAGCUCGUCUGGUCCGGUCUCUUCUUGACCUGUUUCUAGAUAUGGAAGCAGCUACAGGGCAGGAGGUCGAGCUAUGUCUAGAGUGCAUCGAAUGGGCCAAAUCAGAGAAAAGAACUUUCUUACGCCAAGCAUUGGAGGCAAGGCUGGUGUCUUUGUAUUUUGAUACCAAGAGGUACCAGGAAGCAUUGCAUUUGGGUUCUCAGCUGCUACGGGAGUUGAAAAAGAUGGAUGAUAAAGCCCUUUUGGUGGAAGUACAGCUUUUAGAAAGCAAAACUUACCAUGCUCUGAGUAAUCUGCCGAAAGCCCGAGCUGCCUUAACCUCUGCUCGAACCACAGCAAAUGCCAUCUACUGCCCCCCUAAGUUGCAGGCUACCCUGGACAUGCAGUCAGGUAUUAUUCAUGCAGCAGAGGAGAAGGACUGGAAAACUGCGUACUCAUACUUCUAUGAGGCAUUCGAAGGCUAUGACUCCAUUGAUAGCCCCAAGGCCAUCACAUCUCUGAAGUACAUGUUGCUGUGCAAAAUCAUGCUCAACACCCCAGAAGAUGUCCAGGCUUUGGUGAGCGGAAAGCUUGCACUUCGGUAUGCAGGGAGGCAGACAGAAGCAUUGAAAUGUGUGGCUCAAGCUAGCAAGAACAGAUCACUGGCAGAUUUUGAAAAGGCCCUGACAGACUACAGGGCAGAGCUCCGAGAUGACCCAAUCAUCAGCACACAUUUGGCCAAGUUGUACGAUAACUUACUGGAACAGAAUCUGAUCCGGGUCAUUGAACCUUUUUCCCGAGUACAGAUUGAACACAUAUCUAGCCUCAUCAAACUCUCCAAGGCCGACGUGGAAAGAAAAUUAUCACAGAUGAUUCUUGAUAAGAAGUUUCAUGGGAUUUUGGACCAGGGGGAGGGUGUCCUGAUCAUUUUCGAUGAACCCCCAGUAGAUAAAACUUAUGAAGCUGCUCUGGAAACAAUUCAGAACAUGAGUAAAGUAGUGGACUCCCUCUACAACAAAGCCAAGAAGCUAACAUAGAGUUGGAUCUGUAGCGGUCCUUUGGAGAGUGUGUGUGGCGGGAGAGUGAACCCUUGGGGAAAUGCUAGGAGAUUCUUUUCUUUCUGUUCUACUUUUCGCUCGGAAAGUUUUUAACCCUCAUUGGUGCAUCUGUAUCCAGCGAUAGGCGGCCAGUUCUCAUGUAAUCCGCACUGGCCAACAUGGGAGUGGGGAAAUUGCUUAAAAAAAAGAAAAAGAAAAAAAAAAUCUAAAUAAAAGGAAAAAGGCUUACACUACCUAAAGCUGUGCUCUCUGCCUCCUGGGAGAGGGCCGCAAAGCCAGGCACCCCGCCAACCACUGGGGAUCCUCAUCCACCUGCUGGGCGCCACCUCUCCUCCUCUUCAGAAUUGGGUGUUUGCUGACCAUCAAAAGCAACGACUUUUUAUUCUGUUUGUACUGAACCAAAACAAACAACUAUGUAUAGACUGCUGUUUUCUUUUUCAUUUGAAAUGAGGCAUUUGGUGUUUUCCCCUGCCAUCUGGCCUGUCCACCCUUCCCUCUCUGACACUGGCUCCAGCAAACUAGCUGAAGGGCCACUGUGCUGCCGCCACCGCUGCAGUAGCAGUGCAUGCUCGGCUCCAACCUGUGAAAAAAACGUGAAGAAGUCCAGGAGCUAGUGUCCACCAUGGCCACACGGGGAGCAGUGAGGGCCCAUAGCCCUCGGGGGCCUGCUGUGCAUGUGGCUUUUUUAACACUGUAACUAGAUUAGACUCAGUGUUUUAACUAUCCCUUUCCUCUCUGCUUUCCUCUCCUUUCUUUCCUUUCAGCCAUGUCCUUUCUCUUUCCCUCUAGAGGAGUUGAGCUGUCUAAACUCCAUCUGCUGCUUCCCACUCCCACCCUUUCCUGCUGUCAGAUGGAUUUAAUUUUUUUUUCAUUUUUAUUUUUUAAAUGGUGAACAUUGGGAAUGAGACUGGGGUGUUUUUUUUUUAAAUUAAAAAAUAUUAAUUUUCCUUGUUGCAUUUGAAGCACCCUCAUGUCCCCUUCCCAGUGUCUUUCUCUGCUUCUUGAGAGGGCAACUGGACAGGGUGGCGCUCUUUUAGCAUGCUUUGUUUUGGUGCAGUUCCCUUGCAGGCUUUGAUGCCUUGUGGGCAGGUAAGCGCCUGCCCCACCCCUUCGCUGUGCCCGCUGCACUUCCUCCACUCAUGCGCUGUCUUCUCUCUCCCUCCCUCCUCCUCCUUCCUGCUGGCCUCUUUCUCUUUCUUUAGAACCUUUCUCAGAUUAUCCUUCCAGGUUUUGGUAAUAAAUUUCUAUUUUGUAAAAG